ACAUGACAUUGACAUCUGGCCGCUUGUCCAUCGUCUUUUUCCAAGCAUUAAAGUGAGCGAAAAGAAAGACCGCCGACCUCCAUUUCACAGCCAGCAAUUUUCAUUUGCAGUUUCUCAGUGAUAGAGAUUGUCAGAAUCCAUCGUUUGUGUGUCCUUUGAAUCUGACCGCAUCAUGUGGAUCGUCAACUGGUGUAUGUUGGAAGACGCUACUUCUGGAUAUCGUCACGAAAUGCUGAUACGAUUUGUUUCUCAGUCUACGACAUCCUUGCGUCGCUCGGCCUACUCAACAAACAUGCCAAAUUACUCUUCCUCGGGCUGGACAAUGCCGGAAAGACGACGUUAUUACACAUGCUGAAGAACGACCGAGUCGCGAUCCUUCAACCUACACUACAUCCUACUUCCGAAGAACUGGCGAUCGGUAACAACAGGUUCACGACCUUUGAUCUCGGUGGUCAUCAGCAAGCCCGCCGUCUGUGGCGUGAUUACUUUCCCGAAGUGUCCGGCAUCGUUUUCCUCGUCGACGCCAAAGACCACGAACGUCUCCCCGAAGCCAAAGCCGAACUCGACGCCCUCCUCGCCAUGGAAGACCUCGCAAAGACCCCCUUCCUCAUCCUCGGUAACAAGAUCGAUCACCCCGACGCCGUGUCGGAGGAUGAGUUGAGACACCAGUUGGGUCUGUAUCAAACGACGGGCAAGGGCAAGGUGCCGUUGGAAGGAAUCCGACCCAUCGAGGUGUUUAUGUGCAGCGUCGUCAUGAGACAAGGUUACGGUGAAGGUAUCCGAUGGUUGGCGCAGUACGUGUAGACCGUACACAACACCACAACGUUGCUGUACAUGACAAAGUCGAGACGGGUUCUUCUCUCCGGGUCAAUCCUCCCUGCCAACAUGAAUCGUUAUGUUUGACCUCUCGGGAGGGGGGAACUCUCAAGCUCGAGAUGGGUUGGCUCGAGUCCCGUUCCAAGCAAACACAAUUGGAUGCGCAGUGAAGUAGCAAAUGCAUUUUAUUGUGCCGGCCAAAAUGCUUUUGUCGUUCCUGUUUCCUACGUGUCUUGUGUGCCUGCGUACAAGCUCAAGAGGACUCGAGUUCAAUCCCCGCCGUUGGAGAAUCAAGAAUACCAAAGUACCUAGGUAGUAAUGUCAAGACCAUGAAAUUCGAAUACAGA